AAAUUCAUCUUCCUUUCCUUUCCCCUUUCAUCAUUCUCUCUCUUUGGCUCAGCAACGCGAUUGACCGCUUGCUUGAUGGCCUGAAACCUGCAUCCCCACCCUGCUUGAAAUUUGCUAUCAAACUUCUCUUUAAUUUUCUGUUUGUGUCUAUCAAUGGCGAAAACCAAUAUUGGGUCAUUCUUCAAUAAAUUCCUCUCUCUCUCUAUCCUUCUUCUCCACCUCGGCUGCUUCGUUUUCACCGCCGCUAAAGACCACCAAAAGCCAACCAAGAAACGCAAAUCCUCACCUCUUUCUCCUAAUUCUCACAAGCACCGGAAAGCUCUUUCCUCCACCUGGACUUUUAUCAAACGCAUUUUUUCUUCUACUUCCAAAGCCAACGGCAAAAACAACGUCCAAGCACACCCUCCGACAUCAGAAACCACACCGGCGUUAACCUCUGCAAGAAACUCCCAACAAUCCCUUGUCUCCAUGGUUAUCCCACCUGAAACUCAUUUAUCAGAUUCAGAUAACGUUCAUCCGCGCCAUCAAAUACAAUCUGGGUCUUGUCCAGAAUCCGACAUCUCGUCGGACUGCCCGUUUUUCCCUCUACGUAAUGAUAUCUUCCCAUGCACAGCUUGCGGGGAGAUUUUCCAGAAACCCCAUUUUCUCGAACAACAUCAAGCGACCGAGCACGCCGUAUGCGAACUCACUGAUGGGGAUUCAGGCAACAACAUAGUCCGGAUCAUAUUCAAAACCGGUUGGACCGACAAAGUUAAGAACCCUGAAAUCCACCGUAUUUUGAAGAUCCAUAACAGCCCAAAGAUCCUAACGAGGUUCGAAGAGUACAGAGAGCUUGUCAAAGCGAAAGCCGCGAGAAACGGUGCGAUGGGGAGAAGAGAUGAGAGGUGCAUAGCUGAUGGGAACGAACUGUUGAGAUUUAACUGCUCGACUUUCACGUGUGAUUUGGGACUUAACGGGAGCUCAAGCAUUUGUAAUCAACAAUACUGUAGCGUUUGUGGGAUAAUUAAGUCUGGGUUUUCGCCCAAAAUGGAUGGAAUCUCCACGCUAUCCACGAGCUGGAGAGCGCACAUGGCAAUCCCCGAGGAUGUCGAGGAAGACUUCAAGUUCAUGAACGUUAAACGAGCCAUGCUUGUCUGUCGGGUCGUGGCGGGUCGGGUUGGAUCAGAAGGUGAAGAAAUAAACAAGGAAGAUGGUGGGUUUGAUUCGGUGAUCGGAAGGGGAGGAGGGUCAGGGAGUGGCGCAUAUACCAAGCUUGAUGAGGAAGAGCUGUUGGUGUUCAAUCCAAGGGCGGUGCUGCCUUGCUUUAUCAUUGUGUACACCGUUUAAGUGUGAGAUCGUGUGUUUUUGUACCCUUGUGUCUGUGAGGCUGUGACCCAAAAAUAAAAAGGGGUUUACAGCUAAAAUUAACCAUAUGAUCAUGGAGAUUGCUGUUAUGCGUUGAUAGAUUAUUAUGUAUGCUGGGUUAAACCAGGAUUUAACUCGUGUAUCUUAGACUGUGAUGUAAAUCUUGUGUUUGA